AUGCAGGUCCAGACGUACAGCCGCCUCGGCAGCUUCGGCGGGGCCGCGGGCGCGCCGUCCCCGCCGCCGGCGCCGCCGGCGGCGUCCCUGCAGAGGGGCGGGGGCGGCAGCGGUAGGAGGACGCCGGGGAAGGGGGUUUCCUCGGCGAGGGGCGGCUCUUCCUCCGCCGCCGCGGCGGCGGCGGCGUGGACGGGGGUCGGGUGCGGCUGCGCCGCGAGGAGGGCGGCGAGGGCGGUGCUCGCGGCGCUGCACCGGAGGCAGGCGGUGUUCCUCUUCGCGCCGCUGCUGUACGUGGCGGCCAUGCUGCUUUACAUGGGGUCCAUCCCGCUCGACGUCGUGCCGCGGAUCAUCGCGCGCCCGGCGCCCGGGUCGGUGUACCGCAGCCCGCAGCUGUACGCGCGCCUCCGCGCCGACAUGGACGCCGACAACUCCACCGACGCGCUUGCAACCCUAUGGAGGUACAAAGAUGGUUUCUGGCAACCUUGCAUAAACAAUGCUACCAAUAGUUUGCCUGAAUCAAAUGGCUACAUAUAUAUUGAGGCAAAUGGCGGUUUGAAUCAACAAAGGACAUCGAUAUGCAAUGCAGUUGCUAUCGCUGGUUUCUUGAACGCCACUCUUGUUAUCCCAAACUUCCAUUUCCAUAGUAUAUGGAGGGAUCCCAGCAAAUUCAGUGAUAUUUAUGACGAGGAUUACUUUGUAAAACAUCUUCAAAAUGAUGUACGAGUAGUUGACAAGGUGCCUGAUUUUAUAAUGGAGCGAUUUGGUCACAAUCUAAGCAAUGUAUUCAAUUUCAAGAUAAAGGCUUGGUCCCAUAUUCAAUACUACAAAGAUGCUGUUCUUCCAAGGUUGAUUGAGGAAAGGCUCAUCAGGAUUUCACCCUUUGCAAACCGGCUGUCAUUUGAUGCCCCCCCAGCUGUCCAACGGUUGAGAUGCUUGGCUAAUUUUGAGGCUUUAAAAUUUUCCAAACCAAUUGCGACUCUAUCUGAGACCUUAGUCACUCGAAUGAAAGAAAAAAGCAUGGCGAGUAAUGGAAAAUAUGUUGCAGUUCAUCUUCGUUUUGAGGAGGAUAUGGUUGCCUUCUCAUGUUGUAUCUAUGAUGGUGGUGAUGAGGAGAGGAAGGAAAUGAAUGCAGCCAGAGAAAUAGGUUGGAGAGGAAAGUUUACGAAGCGUGGACGUGUGAUAAAGCCAGGAGUGAUAAGAAUGAAUGGAAAAUGUCCACUCACUCCUUUGGAGGUUGGAUUAAUGCUUCGUGGAAUGGGUUUUGGCAACAAUACUGCAAUUUUUUUGGCUUCUGGAAAAAUUUACAGAGCUGAGAAGAACAUGGUUCCUCUUCUUGAAAUGUUUCCUCUCCUACAGACAAAAGAAACUUUAGCAUCUGCUGAGGAACUCGCUCCAUUUAAGAAUUUCUCCUCAAGGAUGGCUGCUAUUGACUACAGUGUUUGUGUCCAUAGCGAUGCCUUUGUGACCACACAAGGUGGAAAUUUCCCUCAUUUCCUUAUGGGUCAUAGGAGAUACUUGUAUGGUGGGCAUUCAAGGACAAUUAAACCAGACAAAAGAAGACUAGCCAUAUUAUUUGACAAUCCACGUAUAGGAUGGAAAUCAUUGAAACGGCACUUGCUUAAUAUGAGAACUCAUAGUGAUGCUAAGGGGGUUGAAAUGAAAAGGCCUAAUGAAUCCAUAUACACCUUUCCCUGUCCCAACUGCAUGUGUCGCUUGAACAGAACAGAACAUUCUAGACCCAAUCGAACUAGAUAGCAUCUCAAGUGCCAUUUCUGUGGACUAACUUUAUUCUUUCUGGCUUCAUGGUACAACUGGCCUCAUUACUUCAGUUAGCAUUAUCUUCCACAUCAUUGUACAUUAGCCCAUUCUUCCCCGAUGACAGUCUCUCUCUCUCAUUGAACCGUAGUCCUGGAACCAUAGUCCAUCCUGGAG